UUCAUCUGUUUUGAGGCGAACGAGCGUGGGCAGCUCAAAACGAUAAACGCAAAUCAAAUGACAGUAGCAAUAGUCGAAAACGAGGCAUUUGUUUGGUCAGAAGAAUAGUAAAAUAAAAACAAACUCCACAAAAUUUCGUGGUCCAAAAUCCAGCAAAGCCAGAGAACUUGGAAGGCAGCAGGGCGCAUAAACAAUCAAACGUUUCAGCCGCUACUGUGGUGGUGAUAGAGGAACCUAAAACAGAGAGCGAUUGCACUGUGCUUCGAAACAUGAAAUGCGAUUGAGGGGGCUGCCGGCGGCGUAUUGUGUGGAGCACUGAAGUGGCUGGAGGCACGACAAAUACAACGACAACGUCUGGCUGGGACAGACUUUGGAGUAGAGAGACCAAAGCAAAGGGAGCGAAAAUUUUCAGUUGAUUUUUGUUGUUCCGCGAGUGCUGUUGGUCGAGAAUUAAACGCGCACGUCUGACGGAAACUUUAUAUGUAUAUAGUGCCAAAUCAGAUGGAGAAACGCCAUACAAAGAAAUAUCACCAAUUUGUGGCAGUGGAAAAAAUAUAGAAUCAACACAAAAAGAAAACGUUUGGCUUACGAAACCGUAAAUAACUAAAUUGUGUUUGGAUUAAGGCGUAAUUUGAUAUUUCGAAGGAAACUUUUUUGGACAAAAUUAUAUGUAAACAUUAAUAUGAAAUUGGAUGAAAUUGUUGCAUGGUAUCAGAAAAAGAUUGGCACCUACGACAAACAGCAAUGGGAGAAAACAGUUGAACAAAAAAUUCUAGAUGGUUUUAACAGUGUUACGCUUAAGAAUGCUAAGCUCAAAACAGAUCUAAUCGAUGUUGAUUUAGUUAGAGGUUCUACCUUUCCCAAGGCAAAGCCGAAACAAUCUCUACUAACUGUGAUACGCUUGGCCAUAUUGCGUUACUUCUUUUUGCCAGUCUUUGCGCGAUGGUGGGUCAAACAGACAUCGCCAAACACAUUCGGCGUACUCUUGCUAAUGUACAUCACACAGAUGGUGACGUGGGCGGUGUAUACCUUCAAUGUACAUCGCUUUGGCGCCGACUCGAGUAUGGUGUCUUCGGUGAUGGACACAAAUACUACGAUGGGCAAUGCUACUGCAGCGGCAGUGGAUGACUUGAAGAAACGUUUGGAGGAGGAGCACGUCGUCUCACUUUCGGACUUGAUUAUACCCAUGGUACUGGGUUUACUACUUAGCUUCAUACAUUCGCAAAUAGUUGCGACCAAUACCUUGAGCGGUGCUAAAUCCAAGCAUAGACGUUUUUCGAAUGCCAGUCAGAGUGGCAAAGCAGCGCGUCAGAGUGGCGAGAGUCGUGUGCGCAGGCGCAAGAAACUGAUGAGAGUUCGUAGUCAAGAGUCAACAGAUGCUUCUACACAGCCACAGCAGCCUAUAUCGCAGCAGCAAACGCCGGUGAAUGGCCAACCAGCCACAUCGCAGAAUUCACAGCAAACACGCUUAUUAAGUGCCAUGCAAAGAAUGCAAGCCAAUACUGAGAAGUUACCGAAAAUAAACAACGCCACCAUAGGUAGCAGCGCUGCCGAGGUGAUCUGUGCUGCUGGUAUGCCCAAGAAACGACCACCUGUGCUUCCGAAAUCAUCUGCAAAUGCAGCGCGCGUCGGUAGCGCAGAAACUUUCAGCAAUACAACCACUACUACGACGGGCAUACGCCGCAGCGCCAGUCCCGUCAAACUAAAGCUUGAUCUCAAAGCCGCUGCAACCACGUCAGCCAAAGCUGCAGCUGACUGCAGCAGCACCGACUGCAAUACUGAUAAUUAUAGCCCUACAAGUAGUCAUAGUUUAGCAAAUAAGAAACGCAAUGUCAACUGGCAUUCUCCAAUACAUAAUUACGCCAUGGCGAGCAGCGAAGUUGCUACGGUUACUGCGCGCACACAGGAGAAGCAGCAGCAAACCUCGCCGCAAUCUCUGUCCUCACCUUCUGGCUCCGCAUCGGCUUCGACAGGGACCACCACUACGACCAGUGAAACAAAUUCGCCGAAUACCGAGCGCGGCAACGCAGCUACAGCUCACAAUGCUGCAGAUGCUAGUGCGGACUGCGGUGGCGGCAGUACUACCACAUCCAGCGCUAACGGCUCGCCCAACAAUAAAACGGUGCGCAUCGAUACGUGCAUACAAGAAUUCUACGAUGACCUUAUAAGCCGUACAGAUCGUCUUAUUUCCGACCAACGAAAGGAACGUGCGCUGGGUGAGGGCGCUGCUGUUGCAGCUGCAGCGGAGUACAGUAGUGAUUGCGCUGCGGUAGCAGAGUCACCGCGCAGCCCACGUAGGCGCCAAAUCUGUGAAGAUGAUGGCUUCGAGAGCUUGAAUGGCAAGAGCUCCAGUGGUGAAGAAAUGAAUAUGGCGCUUCCGCCUGCAUAUGCAGUAAUGCCUGAGCUGGUGGAAGAGAGUAAGCUACGUUUGCGUUUAAAUGCAGGCAACAAAGUGGAGCGCGUGGAGGACACAAGCAGCUACGACGGAGAGCAAACUAAAACAAGCUCAUAUUAUCGCCUAAAGUCAAUGAAUGACAAAUCACGUCCGGUGUCCGCAUGUGACAGCCAUCAGCCGACUAGGAAACUGAAUGCGGCCACCGGCGCCGAUGUGAGCAGUGGCGAUACGGAUGAAGAAGGUGAUGAUGGCGAGAACGUAUCAAGUCCCGCCUCGCUAGGCAAUGCUUCCAACUAUACGGAAUGCACUACGUCUGCUACGGAGUGGCUUGGCGUAACUACAAACAGUGAAGAAUGCAGCUACAGCUCGGAGUUAGAGAACUCCGAUGAUUACAAAAACCAUCAGUUUUCAGAUGAGGAUGGCUAUGAUGGCGACUUUAUGCCGACCACAAUUUUAAACGCGCAUGGCACGUCGGAUCGCAUUAGCUGCACGGUUUGGGAGCAGCGUGAGGUUAAGAAGGCGCAAAUGUCUGUGCUAGAGAUAUCGUCAUGCAUUAUCGAGCGCGUCGAGUCAAUGCCGGAAACAAAUGAUUAUAUCUACAUUGGCUUGGUCUUUUCAUUUUUACUCUCGCUAAUACCGUCCUUUUGUCGUUUGUGCGAGGUAACCAUCGACAGCACCAGCACCAACGAAAUAAAUUAUCUCGAAGUGCCCAUGCUAUUAUGGCAGAAGGCUUCAUUCUCCUCUUGGGCAAUAUUUGGCUUUGCUUUUGGCCACACUAAAUGGGAGCGCACAGUAUUGAUGAUAAGUUUCUUACAGCGGCUCUGUCUAACAACAAUUCUUUUCAUAGUAUUCGCUGUAGCAGAGCGUACCUUUAAGCAACGAUUUCUUUAUGCGAAGCUUUUUUCACAUCUGACUUCAUCGCGACGUGCGCGUAAAUCCAAUCUCCCACACUUUCGUUUGAAUAAAGUGCGGAAUAUCAAGACUUGGCUGAGUGUGCGUUCAUACCUUAAGAAACGUGGUCCACAACGCUCGGUUGACGUAAUUGUCUCAGCUGCUUUCAUCGUCACCUUGCUUUUGUUGGCCUUUUUAAGCGUGGAAUGGCUAAAGGAUUCAGUUCAUCUGCACUCACACCUGAAUCUAGAGGCGCUGAUGUGGUCGACAACAAUAGGCAUCUUCUUGGUGCGAUUUAUGACCCUCGGCAAUAAAAUACAUCACAAAUAUCGCAGCGUAUCUGUAUUGAUUACAGAGCAAAUUAAUUUAUAUCUACAGAUCGAACAAAAGCCGAAAAAGAAAGACGAACUUAUGGUAUCCAAUAGCGUCCUCAAGUUGGCGGCAGAUUUACUCAAAGAAUUGGAAUCCCCUUUCAAAAUAUCUGGCCUAAGCGCCAAUCCAUAUCUUUUUACCACCGUCAAGGUUGUCAUACUCUCAGCGCUAUCGGGCGUUUUGAGCGAAAUGUUGGGCUUCAAAUUGAAGCUGCAUAAAAUUAAAAUUAAGUAAGCCAUCAAUCAUGUUAAUACCAGAAUAUAUAAAUCAAUUUACACUCCCAACGUGUUGGAAACGUACGGAUUUACUAACAAUUAGUGGUAUUGCAUGGCCAGAGUAGCAAUAAAGCGACUUUUCAUGUCAUGUCAAGUCAUGUAU